CGUAUGCAUAGGGGGAAGGCUUUCCGGAAGCGGGGCUGGGCGGAGAGGCGCUGCUGGCCGCUCGGGAUUCAGCACCCGGGGUCCGAGAAAAGCGGUGCGAGCUAGGGCAGCAUCUCUCGUCCGGCCCGCGCCGCAGAGGAUGGACGCCACGCCGGAAAGGACAAUAAAUGAGGAUUGAAGGACUCAAGCCCUCUGGAGAAGCUUGCCGAAAUUCAGGACUGGGAAGAGAAGCGGUUCAACCUCUUCACACUUGCGGGUUCAGGGACUGGUCAUUUCUCAAUCCCUGGAGAGAGACUCCUUCCUCAAGGAAGUGAAAAUAAUGAACUUUUGGAGGUACUGCUUUUUUGCUUUCACUGUGUUCAGUGGGGUUAUUUUUGUGAUAUUUUAUAAUAGCCCGUUACACCUGCCAAAGAAUUUCGGGACGCUGAAUAGCUCCAGUCACAGGUAUUUUAGAAUACAUGCCUGUGAUUACGCCUUAGAAGAUAAGUCCACUUUUUUGUGGGGAAAGACCUUGCCAUCACCUUUGGGGAGUGUCCCCUGUAAGGACUACCUGAUCCAAAAUCACUACAUCACCAGCCCCCUGUCGGAAGAAGAAGUUGCUUUUCCUUUGGCUUAUGUCAUGGUCAUCCAUAAGGACUUUGAUACUUUUGAAAGGCUCUUCAGGGCUAUCUAUAUGCCCCAAAAUGUCUACUGCGUUCAUGUGGAUGAGAAAGCCACAGCUGAGUUUAAGGAAUCUGUGUGGCAGUUACUGAGUUGCUUCCCAAAUGCUUUUGUUGCUUCCAAGAUGGAGCCAGUGGUCUAUGGGGGUAUCUCCAGGCUCCAGGCUGACCUGAACUGCCUAAAAGACCUCGUGGCGUCCAAGGUGCCGUGGAAGUACGCCAUCAACACGUGCGGGCAAGACUUCCCCCUGAAAACCAACAAGGAGAUAGUUCGGUAUCUGAAAGGCUUUAAAGGGAAAAACAUUACCCCGGGGGUGCUGCCCCCGAAUCACGCAAUUAAGCGGACUAAAUUCGUCCACCGGGAGCAUAUAGGCGAAGAUGGCUCCUUUGUGAAAAAUACAAAUAUUUUGAAAACCUCACCUCCACAUCAGCUGACCAUCUACUUUGGCACUGCCUAUGUGGCCCUUACCAGAGAGUUUGUCAACUUUGUCUUCCAUGACAAAAGGGCCAUUGAUCUACUACACUGGUCAAAAGAUACUUACAGCCCCGAUGAACAUUUCUGGGUGACACUUAAUAGGAUUCCAGGUGUCCCUGGCUCCAUGCCAAACGCAUCGUGGAUCGGUAACCUCAGGGCUAUAAAGUGGAUUGACAUGGAAGAUAAACACGGAGGCUGCCAUGGCCGCUAUGUCCACGGCAUCUGUAUCUAUGGAAACGGAGACUUGAAGUGGUUGAUUAAUUCGCCCAGCCUCUUCGCUAACAAGUUUGAGCUUUCCACGUACCCCCUCACCGUGGAAUGCCUCGAACUGAGGCUUCGAGAAAGAGCCCUAAAUCAGAGUGAAACAGUAAUACAGCCCAGCUGGUAUUUCUGAUCCACUGUAACACGGGCUCGACAGGCGCUCGCAGCUGGGAAGAAGAGCCUUUCUUUGUGAGAGAACUUUGCCUUGCUUAUGUGAAUAGUUGCCAGAACGAGGUUACGGCUACAGGACCUGGCCAUGUUAUUCUGUGUGAAACCAUCCACUGGACACUGUGAACUCUGCUAUUGGGAUGGCUGCACAGGGCCAUGCCGGCAUUUUGGCCACAAUGGCGGCCUCCUGACGCUCCUACGUCAUGCUAACUCUCUGAUCAGUGAUCAACUGAACUGAUGUCAAACCUUUGCACCGGAUACUCAUUAUAGAGAAAUGUUCUCAUGAAAAGAAGAACUGUAGAUAAUACUAUUUAGGAAAAUAGGAAUUGUGUUUCUUUGAAGGAAUCUUCUAUGAGAGAUCUAUAGCCACGCAUCUGUGGACACCACUCCUCUUUGCUCAGCCGCAUGUAGGCAUAGAAACAACUUUCUGGGCAACUCAGCAAUCUCUUUUAAAACUUGAGCUACCAGAAGGGAAAACUAGAUCUUGUUCCCGGGUUUCAACACUAACCUUUCCAGUUUACUGUGUCUGAAGUCCUGUAUAGGAGGUAAAGUCAUUGACAGGAGGCGGGAUAUGCUUUCCGACAGCAGCCACUACCUCCUGCUUCAGCAAAGGAAUCCCAGCAAAACAGGACAUUUCUUGUGGUGAGUCAGAAUGUUCGCUAGUCCCCCUGCCAUUGCUUUCCAUGGACAACACUGCAACGUUCCCACAGAAUGAAGAUAUUUCUAGAAGAGAGGUGCUAGUGCAUGAAUCUUGUCCCAGGUCUCUAACCUCAGAAUGAAUCACUUUCCUCUUCGGUCACCACCCUCCACCCCCACCACAGUGAUCUUACCUGCAAAAUGGAGUCUAAAUUCUACACCGUGAAGGCUUUAAGGACUCCAGAGUAUUUUGAGUAGCUUAUUCUCAGUAUUCUCUGAGUAGCUUUACAAUGCUUAGUGCUGAUAAGAGUGCCUAGAGUUUUAAGAGCUUUCCAUUGUGAGUGAGCAUCUGUGUCUCUUAUCCUUUGUGCUUACACUCACCCCUUAUCCUUUAUCCAAUUCGUUCACUCAGCAUGCAGUCAGUAAAUAUUUCUUGAGUGCCUGUUGUAUGCCAGACCCAUUUGACACAAGGAGAAAAUGAAGAGAGAAGCUUUUUCACUCUAAAAUUCUUGGUAAUAGCUCCAACGUUGGAAAGGCUGCUCUAGAGAAUCUCACGGAUUGCUUGUAUUUUAAUGCAUUCAUAUGCAGAGUUAUAGACUGGGAUAUCAGGCCAAGAAUAUGAGUGAUUAGAAGUCGAGGUCUAGGGGCGCCUGGGUGGCUCAGUCAGUCAAGUGUCUGCCGUCGGCUCAGGUUAUAAUCCUGGAGUCUUGGGAUUGAGCCCCAUGUUGGGCUCCCUGCUCACUGUGGAGUCCACUUCUCCUCUUUCUCUCUGCCGCCCCCCCCCCACUCGUUCUCUCUCUCUCAAAUAAAUAAAUAAAAUCUUAAAAAAAAAAAAGAAAUCAAGGUCUAAAUCAGAGAUCAUUCCAAAGGGAGAAAGGAAGGAAUAGACAGAAGCUAAAUCCUGCUGUGUUGUAGGCAUCCACAUAGCUCCCUUAUGGCUCAUUGCCUUAACACCUUACAACACUCUUGGGAGGCUCACAUGAUUACCUCCAUUUUGCAGAUGAAGUAAGUGAGGCUUAGAGAAGUUGUUAAUGAGCAUGAGGAAACGAGUUCUCUGAGGAUUGGGAUGUUCUUAGUGGUCUCCUUAGUUCAGUUUCCUGAGAUGGAAUAUUUAGAGAAGGUGAAAUAAAGCCAUAUUUAGUAUACCAGAGAGGGUAGGUUUUAAGAAUGGUCUCAGUGUUAAUAUGAGAAAAUGUGCUGUCACCUCAGAAAAAUGUGAAGUCUACUUUUGUACUCCUAAAUCCAUUGAGUUCCUUAAUAUUUAUUUAUUCUAACAAAAAAAAAGUUACUACAACUAAUGAUACCUUUAAUUCACACUAUUUUUUUUUCUGUGACUGCCUGUUGAAUGUUAAUCGUAUUUAAGGGAAUGCCUUUGAAAUAAAGCCUUUUUUCCCUGCUACUGAAAAAGAUGGAGCUGUAUAGAGUGGUAUAGUCUUGAAGCGUAGGGAACACACCCAGAGCUAAUGGUGGAGUCUAAGAAUCAUCUUUUUUUUCAACUUCUUUAAAUGACCCCACCCGAGAAGAAAUGUUUUACACUGGAUCUUUCUCAUCUAGAACGAGAACUCUUUUGGAAUAGAAGAUGUUUACAUGUCUGUUGCUGGUCAUCUCUGUGUCUUAAAUACUUUAAUAUUGGAAGACUGUAGUGUUUGGGCAAGUGGGUUUCCACUAGCCCAUGGGGAUGGGCUGAAACUACUAAAUCCGUCCUUGUUUGCAAUGAUGGUCCAUGUUGUUAUCUUGGAAAUAAAUUAAUAUAUUGUUUUCAC